GAUUGACUCUGCUAUUGUAGAGGAAGUGGUUGAGUUGCAUGUCAUAAUCAACAUAUUGAAUUGUUAUAUGACUGCCCUGCAGUUUUGUUGAAGGUUAAACAUUUCUAUGUUGGACUUGGUCCAUUAGCUGUUGUAGUUUUGAUGUUGUGUUCGGGACGAGCAAAAGUUACUGAUCACGAGAUGUACUAGCUGUUGUUGCUGUUUUUACUGUACCAGAUGGUAGAUGUCAAUUUAUCAUGUUCAUGCUGGUUGCAGUCUGGAAUGUCUAACCUGUUUUUGUUGAUGAUACUCUGGUUGUUUGGUCCUGCUAAGGAGACCUGGUAGCUGUGGUUGCCAAAAUGGUGGUCGGAAUUCACCUGCCCUAUUGUGUAGCCGAUGCAGUUUAUAUGAAAACACUUAUUGGGGUUAUCUGCUAGCUGUUGGUGGCUAUACUUUUAUAGGGAUUGGUUCAUGUUUGUGAGUUGCAGCCCUUGUUGCAGUAUUGGUGGACGUAGUUUGAUACUGUGACAAGACUUUGUUGACUGCAUGAAAGAUUUUUUUUCCUUUUCUCUUUGUUUUACCUUUUUGUUUUUGUUUUUGUUUUCUUUUUUCUCUCUCCCCAUUUUUUUUUUCUCUCUCCCUCGUGCUAUUCUUUUAAAAGUUGUUUCUUAUCUGAUAUUAUUUUUAAUGGUUGUUAACCUUGUACAUAUGUUUUGCAUUGGAUGUGUAAAUAAAAACAUGAUGUUACUUGGUACAAUAUAUACGAUGUUUAAUCCUCAGGAAAAAAAAUUCCUAAUCAAGGAUUGAUUUAUGCGCUAAUGUUGGAUUUACUGUUGCAUUGAAUUUAUUUCUUGGCUGAAAAAUUAAAUGUUGAACGUAAGUUCGGACAGGGCUAGAAACAAUGCUGCGACUAUAUUUGUUAUGCGCUUAUUUUACUGAUCUAAUUGUAGCUCGCUGUGGUUUUUUUAUAAUGAACAUUAUAACUAGUUUUCAAUACUAUAAUCUAGCGAAUCAAGUUCACGUCCACCUUAGUGUACACACACACACACGCACACGUAUAUAGAAGAAUUAUCUUGCAGGCAAUUCCUUGCUAUAUUAGGAAAUCUUUUAUGUAGGAAUUCUGGAUAAUUUUGUCGAGGAUAAUGCAUGUACAUUUGGUUUUGGAUAAAAGUUGUCUGGAGGAAAAUUUAUAUAUAUAUAUAUAUAUAUAAUAUUUGUUUGGGCAUGUAAUUUUUUUCUGGUGCACAGGCCACUGGUCAAACCCAUGAUCUGUAACUAGAAUCGAGCGGUCGUGUGCAAGAAGGACCUGUGAUAAUAUUUUGUUUGUAAUUAUUGUUUUAAGAAUUUCAAAACGUUCUGUGAUUCAAACUAGUGUUUUGUUUAUUAUUUACAAAAAUGUUUUUGGUGUAUAAUCUGAUUCCACUUUUAGAACGGUAAACAUUUGUUUUUAAGUUUUUUUUUAAAAAAAAAAAAAAAAAAUUGGUUGGCUUUUCUGCGUCUUCGGCUUUGGUCUUUGAUUUUGCUCUGAAUUGACCAUUGCUUUCUCUUUCUUGGUAGGUGUCCAUCAAUUCAACUCGGUGGACACAACAUUUUGCUAAUUAUUUCCCACUGCGCACCAAAUAUGAAAUCUGGAUUUUAUGAUAUGUUGGUGCUAUGUAUUUUGAAAUACAUUUAGGACAAUAUAUACUCGUAUACAAAAGGUAGGAGCAAUUCCAAUUGAGUCUUAAAAAUUUCCUGACUUCGCUCCUUACCACGUUACAGCUCAAGAUUUUCUGGUUGCUGUGUGAUGGAUGAAGUUGGAAUCUACGGCAAAGGACAUCUUUAGGUUGUUUUAUUAUUAUUAUUAUAUUUUUUUGUCUUGUUAUGAAUCGUUUUUAAUUAGUCAAUGCUCAUUUUUCCAUAUACUUACACAAAUAUAAAUCAAAGAGUUGAAUUCAUGACUUUUUUGUUGGGUUCUGUCACCGACGCUUUAGACCACCCAUUAGGUGAUAAGUCAAAAUUUUGGACGCACACAUAAUUUUGUCCACUCCGUCCUUCGCCGGCCGAUAAUGACAUAUGAAUUAGAACAACAACAGUCUUUCCAAAACCACCCGUCUAAACUAAUCUCAACUCCAAAUAGGGAAGACAAAAGAUUAUAUAGAAUAAAUCCACAAACAAAAUCCUAUACCAGAAUCAUGGAUUUGUUAAUGGAGAAAACAAAAUUUUCACUCUUCUUUCUCUUUUUUGUUACCAACUUGCCUGUUAUUGUUGUUUUUGCCUCUAUUGACGAAGCCACUGCUCUUUCCAAAAUGGAAAGCCAGUCUUCAAAACUAUCAGCCCCUUCUGGCUUCAUGGACUGACCUUCCCAAUGGCACAGUUAACUCUUCCACCGAACUUGGAGCCACUACAACUCCAUGCAACUGGUUCGGAAUUUAUUGUGACCUUGCCGGAAAUGUCAUCAUGAUAAACCUUACUAGUUCUGGUUUACAAGGUGUCCAUUAAUUCAACUCGGUGAUCACAAGGUUUUACCAAUUAUUUCCCACGACGCACCAAAUAUGAAAUCUGGAUUGUGUCAGCUUUCCAUACUCAUGUACAAAAGGUACAAGCAACUCCAAUUGAGUCUUAAAAAUUUGCUGACUUUGCUCUAUACUACGUUACAGCUCAAGAUUUUCUGGUUGCCGUGUGAUGGACGAAGUUAGAAUAUACGGCAACGGAGAUCUUUAGGUUGUAUUAUUUAUUUAUUUUCUUUUUCUUGUCAUAAAUCGUUUUUAAUCAGUCAAUACUGAUUUUUCCAUACACGAUAUGUAUACAAAUACAAGUCAAAAGAGUUGAAUUCAUCUGACUUUUUUGUUGGGUUCUAUCUACCGACGCUUUACAAGUUACACCACCCCUUAGAUGAUAAGUCGAAACUUUGGACGCUGGCAUUAUUAUGUCCAAUCUGUCCUUCGCCAGCCGAUAAUGACAUAUGAAUUAGAACAAGAGUCUUUCCAAAACCACCCAUCUAAGGUAAUCUGAACUCCAAAUGGGGAAGACAAAAAGUUAAAUAGAAUAAAUCGACAAACAAAAUCCAAUGCCCGAAUCAUGGAUUUGUUAAUGGAGAAAAAAAAAUUUCCACUUUUCUUUCUCUUUUUUGUUACCAACUUGGCUAUUAUUGUUGUUUUUGCCUCUAAUGAAGAAGCUAUUGCUCUGUCCAAAUGGAAAGCCAGUCUUCAAAACUCUCAGCCCCUUCUAGCUUCUUGGACUGACCUUCCCAAUGGCACAUUUAACUCUUCCACCGAACUUGAAGCCACUACAACUCCAUGCAACUGGUUAGGAAUUUAUUGUGACCUUGCCGGAAAUGUCAUCAUGAUAAACCUUACUAGUUCUGGUUUACAAGGUACGCUCAAUGAAUUUAUGUUCUCACACUUCCCUAAUCUUUUGUAUCUUGAUCUUAGCAUGAACUUUAUAUUCGGUGUAAUCCCACCUGAAAUCAAUUACCUUUCCAAACUUGUCUAUCUUGAUUUGUCCAACAAUAAGUUGUCCGGAUAUAUACCAGAGGAAAUCGGCCUGCUUUCAGGUCUUGAGGGCCUAAUGUUGUCCGAUAACAAGUUGAACGGCUCGUUUCCUAAUGAAAUAGGUUCUCUGAGGUCACUAAGAGAGCUUUCUCUUCAUAAUAACUCUCUUAGUGGUUUGAUUCCUACUUCUUUGGGAAAUCUAAGCAAAUUGGCUUACUUGCAUAUCCAUAAGAAUUCACUUUCUGGUUCUAUCCCUUCAGAAAUAGGAAACCUCUCCAAUUUGGUAGAGCUUUGGAUGAAUUCUAACCGUCUUACAGGUCACAUUCCUUCAAGUUUAUGGAAUAUAAAGAAGCUCAAAUCGUUGGUCAUGUUUGAAAACAAACUUUCUGGCCACAUUCCCAUAGAAAUAAAGAAUAUGCUAUCUUUGAACAUUCUGAGCCUUCACACAAAUAAUCUUUCUGGUUCAAUCCCAAAAUCAAUAUGUGAGAUGGGAAACCUUACCUUAAUUCGUCUCUACCGGAAUAAUCUUUCUGGCUCUAUUCCUGAAGAGAUUGGCAACUUAGAGUUACUUGUUGGUCUAGAACUGAACGAGAAUAAACUUAACGGUUCUCUUCCGGGUUCAAUUGGCAACUUGAGUAAAUUACAAGUUUUAAAUAUCCGUGACAACCAGCUCUCUGGUUCCAUUCCUCAAGUAAUAGAAAAUCUUAUGGAUUUGGUUGUGCUGCGGCUGGCAUGGAACUAUUUCACUGGUUAUUUGCCCCAGAAUAUUUGCCAAGGUGGGAAGCUUAUGAACUUCACUGCAAAUGGAAAUCAUCUUAUUCGUUCAGUCCCUAAAAGCUUGAGAAACUGCACAAGCUUGUCUAGAAUCCGGCUGGAUGGAAACCAACUUACUGGGAAUAUAUCUGAGGACUUCAAUGUCUAUCCAGACUUGGAUUACAUAAACCUAAGCAACAACAAGUUCUAUGGUGAAAUUUCUAAGAGCUGGGGACAAUCCUUAAAACUAAGAAGUUUUGAGAUUGCUGGGAACAAUAUCUCAGGUAUCAUACCUCCAGAAAUUGGAAACAUAACUCAACUGUUUCGACUUGUUCUUUCUUCAAAUAAUUUGGUUGGUGAGAUUCCCAAGGAACUUGGAAAGCUGACUUCUUUGAUAAACCUUACAUUGGAUCAUAAUCAGCUUUCUGGAAGUAUACCUGCAGAACUUGGAUUGCUGACCGGCCUUGAAUAUCUCGAUCUGUCCACUAAUGGACUGAGCAAAAACAUUCCUGCAAGCCUAGGGAGCUUCUUAAAAUUGCAUCACUUGAAAUUGAGCGACAACAAGUUAAGCCAUGAAAUUCCAAUUGAAUUGGGUAAAUUGGGUCAGCUUUCCAUACUAGAUCUAAGCCAUAACUUUCUCACAGGAAAGGUCGCUUCAGAGUUCAGAAAGUUGCAGAGCUUGCUGACAAUGAAUAUCUCUCACAACAAUCUCUCUGGUGUCCUUCCUCAGUCAUUUAAGGAACUGCGUGGCUUAGAAUAUGUUGAUAUAUCACAAAAUGGAUUUUGGGGUCCCAUUCCAGACAACAAAGCAUUCCAAGAUGCUCCGGCAGAAGCAUUGCAGGGGAACAAAGGAUUGUGUGGCAAUGCUGGUGGUCUGCAGCCCUGCAAUACCCCUGAUAAUCGCAAAAAUACUUCAGAGACUGACCACAAAGUUAUGUAUUUUAUUGUUCUACCAAUUCUAACACCAUUUUUAUGUGCUUUAUUUGGAAUUCUUAUCAACGUAAGGAGAACAAAGAACCUUGAACAAAAGGAACUAAGCAAUAUGGUCAAUGAACCUUUCCAUUUGGUAUCAAACUUUGAUGGAAGAAAACUGUACCAACAAAUCAUAAAAUCUACUGAAGAUUUUGAUGUAAGAUAUUGCAUUGGGGAGGGAGGAUUUGGAAGUGUCUACAUAGCGAAGCUUCCAUCUUUUGACCUGGUAGCAAUAAAGAAACUUCAUCAAGUCUCUGAUGCUGGGAUGACCUAUUCAAAAGAGUUCUUCAAUGAGGUAAGAGCCUUAACAGAGAUAAGGCAUCGAAAUAUCGUGAGACUUCAUGGUUUCUGUUCACAUGCUCGGAACUCGUUUUUGGUAUAUGAGUACUUUGAAAAGGGUAGCUUGGCUAGGAUCUUGAGCAACGAAGAGGAACCUAAAGAAUUGGACUGGAGUAAAAGAGUGAAUAUCAUUAGGGGUGUAGCUCAUGCAUUGUCCUACAUGCACUUCAGCAUCAACCCUGCAAUUGUUCAUCGCGAUAUAUCCAGCAAAAACAUACUGCUGGAUUCUCAGUUUGUGGCUCACAUUUCUGAUUUUGGUACUGCAAAGCUUCUCAAGCAUAACUCCUCGGAUUGGACAGCCGUCGCAGGCACAGUCGGUUACAUGGCUCCAGAAUUGGCUUACACGAUGAAGGUAACUGAGAAAUGCGAUGUGUAUAGCUUUGGAAUUCUGGCAAUAGAAGUGGUUUUAGGAAAGCAUCCGGGGGAUCUUGUUUUGUGUUUGUCAUCAGAAUGUCGUAAUCGAAGCAUAAGGCUGAUGGAUUUGUUGGACCAACGCCUUCCAUAUCCCACAGAGCAAAUAGAGGAUGAUCUUCUUUCUAUUUUGAAUCUGGCAACUGAAUGCUUGCAUGUAACUCCAGGUUCUCGGCCAACCAUGGAAUAUAUUUCCCAAGUUGUAUCGGCCGGAGGAACUCCACCUUCCUAAGUCAAGCUUUCAUUGAGUGCGUUGUUUGUAACAAAGUUUUGGUAUGUCUCUUUUAAUAUCCUACUAUAUAUAUAUAAUACACCAAACUAUCUUUAUAUUUAUAUCACACCCAAAUAUUUUAUAUACAAAAAAAAAAAAAAAAAGAAAAAAAGAAGAAGAAGAGUUUUGCAAGUCAUCUUUACUUCCCAAGAACAAUGCUUGAGAGUUUGAUUUUUAUUAAAAAAAAAAAAGUGGUAAUGUCAUUAACGUUUUAAAACAUGAUGAUUUUUUUUUGUGUGUGUGUGUAAAAUUGCUCUAAUUAAGAAAUUAUUAAUAUAAGAGAAUAAUGAUAUGUAUGUAUAUAUGUAUAUUUUUUUUUUCUUACAACAAAUUAUAACUAAUGGACUAGAGGACCUAAUUUUUUUGUUUGUGUGGUCAUCAAGCUGAAUAGCCCCAAUCAUUGCUUAAUCAGUCUCUCUUUUCUUUGCCAUUCCCAUGUAUAACAUGCAAUUGACCAAUGCAAUUUUCUUUCUUGGUCAACAAGUUAUUAAUUCUAAUGCUCUGUUAUAUUCUUAAAAAAAUAGAAAACAAACUAUUUGUUAAUUUUUUUUUUGGGAUAAUUCAAAAUCUAAUGUUUUAACUUCAAAUUAUUUUAUUAUUUCUUUCAAUAAAAGAAAAGAUAAUCAAAUAGUUACAUGUAGAGGUGUUUUGAUCACUUGCAAAUGAAUACAAUUCGGCCGCAUACUUACUGCUGGUAGAUCAAUUUCUUCAAUCUGGAGUGGCUUCUCCAAGUAAUGCUUGUUGGAAUAAUAAACCAAAUUUAAUAUUUUACUUUCUCUAAGAUAUAUGAUAAAUACGUAUGGGAAAUGUAAGAACCUUUUAAAUAUGGUUCAUGAACUAUGAAAAUAGUGAAGGUAUAUAUAUCUCUGUUCUUUGUCCAUUGAAACAAGAAGAGUAUGAAAUAUAAAUUAAAAAAAAGGUUUAUGUAUUGGCUCCUGUUUUUGACUCUUCUUCUUGAACGUGUAAUGCACUUUAUAUAAAAAAUUAUAUAUAAAUAAACCAACAAUUGGUAUCAGAGCCUUAUGGCAAACAUGAACAAUCUGGCUUCUCUUAUUCCGUGCUUCAAUGGAGAAGAUUAUGAUUAUUGGAGCCAUCAGAUGAAGGUAUUGCUAAAAUCAUUGAAGUUAUGGAGUAUUGUUGAAGAUGGAUAUGAAGAGCCAGAAGAUGAAGAGAGUCUAACUACAGCAGAAAGCACUUUGUUGAAAGUAAA